AUUACAAAGUCUCUUUCUCUCUUCCGGCAUCUCUUGAGCAGCGUGGACGUGUUUUCUCUGGAUUUUCCGCAGUUAAAAGAGCAUUUUCCUGCUUAAAAAUAUCACAAAUUGAUGGAAGAUGAACUGAAGACGUGAAUUAGAGCUUUCCGGACAAAUUGUGGUGUUAAUUUGACCCAAUCAGGAUGUACCUGUACAAUUUGACUCUGCAGAAAGCCACGGGGAUCACCCAUGCAGUCCAUGGGAGCUUCUCAGGGCAGAAAGUCCAGGAGAUUCUCAUCUCACGUGGCAAAAGCUUGGAACUUUUGCGUCCGGAUCCCAAUACGGGGAAAAUCCACACGCUUCUUUCCACAGAAGUCUUUGGCGUUAUUCGUUCUCUCAUUGCCUUCCGUCUCACUGGGGGCACAAAAGAUUAUGCAAUUGUUGGAUCAGAUUCGGGACGUGUGGUAAUUCUCGAGUACAUCCCGGCAAAGAAUGUCCUGGAGAAGGUGCAUCAGGAGACAUUUGGUAAAUCCGGAUGCCGUCGAAUUGUUCCCGGACAGUAUUCGGCAAUUGAUCCAAAGGGUCGUGCUGUGAUGAUUGGAGCCAUUGAGAAGCAAAAGCUCGUCUAUAUUCUCAAUCGUGACUCUGAGGCACGUCUAACGAUCUCAUCGCCCUUGGAGGCGCAUAAAUCCAACACAUUGUGCUACCAUAUGGUUGGAGUGGAUGUUGGCUAUGAGAAUCCCAUGUUUGCCUGCUUGGAGAUUGAUUACGAGGAAGCGGAUUCCGAUCCAACGGGCGAGGCGGCACAGAAGACGCAACAAACACUCACAUUCUACGAAUUGGACUUGGGGCUCAAUCAUGUGGUGCGAAAGUAUUCAGAGCCCCUUGAGGAGCAUGCAAAUUUCCUCAUUUCCGUGCCCGGGGGCAAUGAUGGGCCCAGUGGGGUGUUGAUUUGCUCAGAGAAUUACUUGACGUACAAAAAUCUCGGUGAUCAACAUGAUAUUCGUUGCCCAAUCCCACGACGACGCAAUGAUCUCGAUGAUCCCGAGCGUGGGAUGAUCUUCAUUUGUUCAGCCACACAUCGCACAAAGUCAAUGUACUUCUUCCUUGUGCAAACAGAGCAGGGGGACAUCUUCAAGGUGACCCUGGAGACGGAUGAUGAUGUUGUGUCGGAGAUUAAGCUGAAAUACUUCGACACAGUGCCCCCGGCGACAACAAUGUGCGUCAUGAAGACGGGAUUCUUGUUUGUUGCGUGUGAAUUUGGGAAUCACUACUUGUACCAAAUUGCCCAUCUGGGGGAUGAUGAUGAUGAACCUGAAUUUAGUUCAGCUAUGCCCUUGGAGGAGGGUGAUACCUUCUUCUUUGCCCCGCGUCCACUGAAGAAUUUAGUUCUUGUCGAUGAAAUGCCUUCCUAUGCUCCCAUCUUGGGUUGCCAAGUGGCUGAUUUGGCCAACGAAGACACCCCGCAGUUGUACUUGAUGUGUGGCCGUGGACCACGUUCGUCAAUCCGUGUCCUCCGGCAUGGAUUGGAAGUGUCCGAAAUGGCUGUUUCGGAACUCCCCGGCAACCCCAAUGCAGUGUGGACGGUCAAGAAGCGCAUAGACGAUGAAUACGACGCCUACAUUAUUGUGUCGUUCGUGAAUGCAACCCUUGUACUCAGUAUUGGUGACACUGUUGAGGAAGUGACUGAUAGUGGUUUCCUCGGGACAACACCAACACUCAGUUGCUCAUCCCUCGGAGACGAUGCCCUUGUGCAGGUCUACCCAGAUGGGAUUCGGCACAUAAGAGCAGAUAAGCGUGUAAAUGAGUGGAAGGCCCCGGGGAAGAAGACAAUUGUUAAGUGUGCCGUGAAUCAGAGGCAGGUGGUGAUUGCUCUAUCUGGUGGGGAAUUGGUUUACUUUGAAAUGGAUCCAACGGGACAACUAAAUGAAUACACGGAGCGCAAGAAGAUGCCAUCGGAUGUGAUGUGUAUGGCAUUGGGAACAGUCCCAGUGGGGGAGCAACGUUCGUGGUUCCUUGCUGUUGGUCUUGCUGACAAUACCGUGCGAAUAAUAUCCCUUGAUCCAUCGGAUUGUCUCUCACCGCGUUCAAUGCAGGCUCUCCCAUCGGCUGCGGAGUCUCUGUGUCUCGUGGAAAUGGGAUCGACGGAGAGUCAGGAAGAUGAUGGUGGUGGUACAACGACAACUGGGUCAAUUUAUCUCAAUAUUGGGCUGACUAAUGGGGUUCUCCUGAGGACUGUUCUUGACCCCGUUUCUGGGGAUUUGGCAGAUACACGUACGAGGUACCUUGGAUCACGUCCGGUUAAACUUUUCCGGAUUCGUAUGCAAGGAGCUGAGGCUGUUCUUGCCAUGUCUAGUCGUACGUGGUUGAGUUACUACUACCAGAAUCGCUUCCAUCUCACCCCGUUGUCGUAUGAAACGCUGGAAUAUGCCUCGGGGUUCUCCAGUGAGCAAUGCUCAGAGGGUAUUGUGGCAAUUUCAACGAAUACUCUGAGAAUUUUGGCUCUUGAAAAAUUGGGAGCGGUUUUCAAUCAAAUCUCCUUCCCUCUGGAGUACACCCCGAGACGAUUUGCCAUUCAUCCGGACACGGGGAGAUUAAUUGUAUCCGAGACAGAUCACAAUGCCUACACGGAGGAAACGAAGACACUGCGGAAGAAGCAGAUGGCUGAUGAGAUGCGUGAAGCAGCCGGGGAGGAUGAACAGGAGUUGGCUAAUGAAAUGGCAGAUGCAUUUAUCAAUGAAGUCCUUCCGGAGGAUUUAUUUUCCGCCCCAAAAGCCGGACAGACAAUGUGGGCAUCACAAAUAAGGAUAAUGGAUCCAAUUCAUGGGCAUACCAUUGCAAAGGUCCCCCUGGCACAGAAUGAGGCGAUAAUGUCAAUGGCUCUUGGGAGAUUUCAUGCAGCUGCCGAUGGGAGGUACUACCUUGCGGUGGGGAUAACGAAGGAGCUGCAGCUGAAUCCGAGAAUCUCAGGGAAUGGCUACAUUGAUGUCUACCGUGUGGAUUCAUCGUGCAAUGUGCUCGAAUUUGUUCAUCGGACGGAGAUUGAUGAUGUCCCCGGGGCGCUUUGUAGUUUCCAGGGGCGCCUCCUUGCGGGGGUGGGACGUGUUUUGCGUAUCUAUGAUUUGGGGAAGAAGAAACUCCUGCGGAAGUGUGAGAAUAAACACAUCCCCAAUAAUAUUGUGAACAUUCAAACAAUGGGGCAUCGUAUCUAUGCGUCGGAUGUGCAAGAAUCCAUCUUCUUCCUCAAGUACAAGAGAGCAGAGAAUCAACUUAUUAUCUUUGCCGAUGAUACCCAUCCACGGUGGAUUACAGCCACGACCCUCCUGGAUUACGAUACCAUUGCAACGGCGGAUAAAUUUGGGAAUUUAUCAAUUCUCCGGCUGCCGCAUUCGGUGACGGAUGAUGUGGAUGAAGAUCCAACGGGGAAUAAAUCUCUGUGGGAUCGUGGAUUGUUGAGUGGGGCAUCGCAGAAGGCGGAGAAUGUGACGACAUUCCACGUUGGGGAGAUUGUUAUGUCCCUGCAGAAGGCAACACUCAUUCCCGGAGGUUCUGAAUCUCUGCUCUAUGCAACACUAAGUGGUACCGUUGGGGCACUCGUGCCAUUCACAAGUCGCGAAGAUUUUGACUUCUUUCAGCACCUGGAGAUGCAUAUGCGCAAUGAAAAUCCACCACUUUGUGGGAGGGAUCAUCUCAGCUACCGUAGCUACUACUACCCCGUGAAGAAUGUCAUGGAUGGGGAUUUGUGUGAGCAAUUCACAUCAUUGGAGCCGAGUAAGCAGAAGAAUAUUGCAUCGGACCUGGGGAGAGUUCCCAGUGAGGUGGCGAAGAAAUUGGAAGAUAUCCGGACGAGAUAUGCUUUCUAAACUUUUAGAUUGGAACAAGUUUGAGGAGGUUUCGAGAUUAUUUUUCUUCUAAAAAAACAUAAGAUAAAAUGGAAGCAGAGAGAUGUGAGAUGAAGUAAUUAAUCAAUAUUUAUGGUGUUUUUUAACAUAAGGAAUUCAGUAAGUAUUCAUCUUUUCAACAUACCUAAUAUACAACAUAUUGAAAAAAAAAGUCAAAAGAAUUUGGAAAUAAAUAUAAUUUAAAGAACAAA